AUGUCCUGGAAAGAAUCCAAUUGUCACAUCGCCAUCCUACGAAAUGCCGAAGUCGGGCAGUAUGGAGUCAUCGCCGCCAUCGCCUACAACAUUGAACAUGUCCUAGGUCUAGUGCGGGCAGCUGAGACAGCACGGUCACCCCUCAUUAUCCAAUUCUUUCCAUGGGCCAUCGAGGCCACGGAUGGUCUGCUCGUGCGCACGGCCGCAGACGCCGCAAAGCGUGCAAGCGUACCGAUUAGCAUCCACCUCGACCAUGCGCAAUCCGAAACUAUCAUCAAACGAGCAGCGGAGCUACCUUUCGACAGUAUCAUGGUUGACAUGUCUCACUACGAGAAGGAAGUCAACUUGGAGAAGACGCGCAAACUGGUGCGGUAUUGCAACGAGCGGCAGAAGGCUACCGAGGCCGAACCGGGUCGCAUUGAAGGUGGAGAGGAUGGGGUACAGGAUACUGCGGGGCUGGAAGCAUGUAUGACGACGGCUGAGGAGGUAGAUGAGUUCGUCGGAACGGGUGUGGACGUGCUUGCUCCGGCUUUUGGGAACGUUCACGGCGAGUAUGGCCCACGAGGGCCACAAUUGGAUUUUGAAAGAUUCCAGAGUGUUCGUACACAGGCAAAUGGUAGAGUCAGGCUGGCUCUGCAUGGUACCAAUGGGUUUACGCCUGAGUUAAUGAAGCGUUGCGUGGCUGCUGGUGUUAGCAAGAUCAAUGUCAACCGUCUCGUCCUAGACGAUUACUACGACCAUCUUCGCGCCAAUGUGGAUAAAAUGACGCACACUCAGUUGAUAGAGGAGGGUAUUCAGAAGGUGGCGGAUCUGACUGUCAAGUGGAUGAAAAUUUGCGGCUCUGCUGGCAAGGCAUGA